UUGAAAGGAUAAAUUCUAAAUAGUGGUCAAAAAUAUCAAAUCAGCAUACAAAAUGCGGCCUGUGUAUUUGCAUAAUGCACCUAUUUUCCUAUACAUCAAUGUGCUGUGUAUUCGGAUAAUGCAUCUCUGAAACACAUAAAACUCUACGUAGAAUAUAUUUCUAUUUUCGCUUUGAGCGGAUAUUUGAAAUAAGAUAUGAAAUAUGGUAAGAACAUAUUCCUUUAUUAUUUCGGGACUCGAGUGACACGAAAUUAUUGGAUAUCUCACUGUUCUAGAAGACAGUUACUCUUGAGUGUUCUAGAAGCCCUCUGAUCAUUGUAUCAAAAGUUCUUGAACUACAUUUUCAAUUCUGCUAUAGAUAACAUGUGUGUUGCGUAUUCUGUUGAAGGGCAGUUGUGCCUCUGUUAGAAAAUUUCCUGGAAGGCUAGAAGUUGGGUACUGCCGCUUGGCUAGGGUGGAUAGUGACUCCCACAUUGACCUUAUCAUACUAGAUCAAUUAUUACUCAGUUGUAACAUGGGUCCUGAACAUAUAUGUUCUUGGAGCAGUUGAAACUGAAACCAAAACCUCUUAUGGUACCCUCUCUUUACCUGUCUCCCUUCCUGAAAUGGAAUACUUGCGACAAACAUGUCUUGUAAUAGUAUUGACAUGGUCUUAUCUAGACCGUAAUAAGAAAAUAUAUUCUUUCGGAGGAUUUGGUUCACUAGGGGAGUGGUUAAUUGAUUUCAUCCCUUGCUGGUGUCUAUAUAAGUCUUGCAGUGUAGAUUUCAUAGUCAUCAACUCAUCAUUCACUGAAUAUUUAUCCAGUAGUCUUGAUCACUUAUGAGAAUGGCUUCACUUAAAGUAUUUUGUAGCUUUCUAGUUAUGGCUCUGCUUUCUUCCACUCUGUGCAUGGCUUUCCCAGGUUUCGGGUUUGGUUGGGGUGGUCAUCAUGGGGGAGGGACGUUUUCUGGUCUUUUUCCAGAGUAUUACGGGUUUACAUGCCCUCAAGCUAACGACAUUGUCAUGUCUGUCCUGAAAAAGGCCAUUGCUGAUGAUCCUCGGAUGGCUGCAUCUCUUCUUAGGCUUCACUUCCACGACUGUUUUGUUCAGGGUUGUGAUGCAUCCGUAUUGUUGGAUGAUAGUUCCGCAAUAGUCAGUGAAAAGAAUGCAGGACCAAACAAGAAUUCCCUCCGAGGAUUUAAAGUGAUUGAUGAAAUUAAGGCUAAACUAGAGAAAGCAUGUCCUCAAACUGUUUCAUGUGCAGACAUUCUUGCUCUCUCUGCUCGUGGUUCCACCGUACUAAGUGGUGGACCAAGUUGGGAACUGCCAUUAGGAAGGAAAGACUCGAGGACUGCAAGCCUAAGUGGCGCAAACACCAACAUUCCUGCUCCAAAUUCAACCAUCCAGAGCCUCAUCACAUCCUUCAAACGACAAGGCCUUAGUGAAGUAGACCUCGUUGCACUCUCUGGAGGACACACCAUUGGAAAGGCACGUUGCGCGACAUUUAAGCAAAGGCUAUACAACCAAAAUGGAAAUAACCAGCCUGAUGCAACACUAGAAAGAACAUACUACAAUGGGCUGAAAACUGUUUGUCCAAAAAGUGGAGGUGACAACAACAUAUCUCCAUUGGACCUGGCGUCACCCGUUAGAUUUGAUAACACAUACUUUAAGCUCAUUUUGUGGGGAAAAGGACUUUUAACAUCUGAUCAAGUUCUUCUAACCGGAAAUAUCCGCAAGACAAUGGAAUUGGUGAAGAGUUAUGCUAUGGAUGAGGUCCUUUUCUUUCAUCAGUUUGCCAAGUCUAUGGUUAAAAUGGGAAAUGUGAGUCCUCUUACUGGUGUUAAUGGUGAAGUUAGGAAGAAUUGUCGCAGAAUUAAUUGAUGUGUUUCAGUUUAGAACUGUGGACUAGUUGUUACUUGGGUGUAUUAGGUAUUAUUUUCAUGUAUCCUGUCUAAGUUGCUGCAAUCAACAUUGUGUGUCCUUGUGUCAACUUGAGUCGAUUAUCGAUUUGAUCAAAAGAAAAACUUGAGUCGAUUAUGGAGUAACACUCAUUUGCUAUGAAAAACUAGUUUUUAUUGUGCUGCUA